AUGGAAGGUCAAGGUCAACAGUAUGACGGCGAUGAGCUCCCUCCCAAGGAGCAGGUCAUCGACCGCCCUCCGAAGCGCAUCUCGGAACUGGAGUUUGGUGUUCUCUCCAACCAGGACAUGGUGAAGCAGUCGGUCGUCGAGAUUUCUGAUCGCAACGUUUACGACCUUGGUACCGGCCCUGGCGGCAAACGCACCCUCACCGCACAUGGGCCUCUCGAUGGUCGCCUCGGAACCUCUUCAAAGACUGGACAGUGUGAGCAGUGCAAGGAGGAUCUCAAGAACUGCAACGGUCACUUCGGUCACGUCCGCCUCGCCCUUCCCGCCUACCACUGGGGCUACUUCAAGAAAAUCAUGGAGAUUCUCAACACCAUCUGCAAAGACUGUUCCCGAAUCCUACUCGACGAAAACACGCGCCGAAAGUACUUGCGCCAGAUCCGAAGACCAGAGCUGGACACUUUGCGCAAGGAGGCCAUCUGCAAGAAGAUUGUCGACGAGGCCAAGAAGACAAAGACCUGCUUCUACUGCGCUUCCAUCAACGGCACCGUCAAGAAGGUGGCAGGACACCCCAUCAAGCUCAUUCACGUCAAGUGGCAGACAUAUCUUGCUUCCAACGCAAAGUCAAAGGUCAAGCCUGCCUCGAUGGUCGCAUUUGAGAAGUCUUUCGACGAGGCCAAGAAGGGUGUUCCGGAUCUGGAAAAGCACGCCAAACGCGCCGUCGACGACAUGAACCCGCUACGAGCUCUGAACCUGUUCCAGAGAAUCACAACAACCGAUGUGGAGCUACUGGGCAUGGAUCCGAGCAGAGGUCGACCAGAGGCUUUCAUCUGGCAAUAUCUACCCGCUCCUCCUGUCGCCAUCCGCCCUUCAGUGGCACAGGAAGCAGCAAGUACCGAAGACGACAUCACCAACAAGCUUGGAGACAUCAUUCAGAUCAACACCCUCCUCUCAGCAGGUCUCAAGUCUGGGCAGCCCGUCAUGAAAAUCGUCGAUAUGUGGGAGUUCUUGCAGGUUCAGAUCGCCAUGUACAUCGACGGUAAUCUGCCUGGUCUCGGUCGCGAUUCCGCCUAUGGUAAAGCCCUCCGCGGUUUCUGUCAGCGUCUCAAGGGUAAGCAAGGUCGUUUCAGAGGUAACCUGUCAGGAAAGCGUGUCGACUUUUCUGCUCGUACCGUCAUUUCACCCGAUCCCAACCUCAGUAUCGAAGAAGUCGCUGUCCCCUCCAAAGUCGCCACCAACAUGACCUACCCCGAGCGUGUGACUAGAUACAACAUCGAGAAGCUCCGCGCUUGCGUCCUGCGAGGAAAGAAGAAGCACCCCGGUGCCAACUUUAUUGUCAAGAAAGAUGGCCAAAGAAAGGUCCUGGAAAUCAUGGAAAGAAUUGGAAAGCUCGAAGUCGCAGCAAAGGAACUACAAAUUGGCGAUGUCGUUGAACGUCAUCUGGAAGACGGCGACAUUGUUCUCUUCAACCGCCAACCGUCGCUCCACAAGCUCAGUAUCCUCAGUCACAAGGUCAAGGUCAGACCAUGGAGAACUUUCCGUCUCAACGAGUGUGUCUGCAAUCCUUACAACGCCGAUUUCGACGGAGAUGAGAUGAACUUGCACGUUCCCCAGACAGAAGAAGCCCGUACAGAAGCCAUCAACCUCAUGGGUGUAAAGAACAACUUGGCUACUCCAAAGAACGGAACUCCAAUCAUUGCUGCUAUUCAAGACUUCAUCACAGGUGCAUAUCUUUCUUCUAUCAAGGACAACUUCUUCGACCGCAAGACGUUCAGUCAGAUCAUUGGGUACAUGUUCCAUGACGAUGUCAUCGAAGACCCCGAAACUGGAGAGAAGUUGUCUAUCGAGCUUCCUCCGCCAACAAUCUGGAAGCCACAACGCCUCUGGACCGGCAAACAGAUCUGGAACGUCUUGAUGCGACCAAACAAGAAGCUGAAUGUUCUGGUCAACCUGGAAGCCAAGUGCAAACAAUACAAAGCACCUCCCAAGGGUGUCGCACCAGACAUGAACGAGGAUGACGCUUAUCUGGUCAUUCGCAACUCAGAAGUCAUGUGUGGUUACAUGGACAAAGCGACUGUUGGUGACGGAAAGAAGGAUUCAGUCUUCUAUGUCAUCAUGCGUGAUUUCGGGCCCGACUAUGCUGUCCACGCCAUGAACCGUCUCGCUAGAUUGUCCGCACGUUGGCUCACUAACCAGGGGUUCUCGCUCGGCAUCAGUGAUGUCUACCCUAGUGAUGCACUUACCGCGAAGAAAAUGGACCUCAUCCGAACUGCAGAAGCGAAAUGUUAUGAGCUCAUCGACCUCUACAACAAGGGAGAGCUGGAGCGCGACCCUGGUUGUGACGAAGAGAUGACCAUGGAGAACCAGAUUUCUGGUAUCCUCUCCAAAGUCCGUCAAGAAGCUGGUGACGCUUGUUUCGCCGAGCUUAGUCGACGUAACUCUCCCCUGGUCAUGGCCAAGUGUGGCUCCAAGGGUUCAAACAUUAACGUCUCUCAAAUGGUUGCUGCUGUCGGUCAACAAAUUAUCGGUGGCAAACGUGUAUUGGAAGGCUUCCAAGAUCGUACCCUACCUCACUUUGCCAAGGGCAGCAGAGAUGCUCCUGCAAAGGGUUUCGUUGGAAACAGUUUCUUCUCAGGCUUGAACCCUACCGAGUUCAUUUUCCACGCCAUGUCCGGUCGUGAAGGUUUGGUCGAUACCGCUGUCAAGACUGCCGAAACUGGUUACAUGUCUCGUCGUUUGAUGAAGUCGCUGGAGGAUCUUUCAGCGCAAUACGAUAACACCGUGCGCAACUCAUCUUCCGGUAUCGUUCAAUUCCAGUACGGAGACGACAAGCUUGAUCCUGUGGAUAUGGAGGGCAGCGCGAAGCCUGUACACUUCGAUCGCAGUUUCGUGCACGCUGUCACUACUACUUGGAGUAACACCGACCGUGGCUUGAGGCCAUCCGAAAUUAUGAAGAUCACAACCAACACACUUAACCCUGAAAGAGCGAAGCUGGAGCGUCUCUCACUGACUGGCGAGAAGCUCGAUUAUAACGAUAGGAGCGACCACGGCAUUGAUCAGAUGGAGAGUGCUCGUGACUUCCUGGACACUGUGCAGAACUACAUCCAGAUCAAGUGCGACAAACUAGCUAACAUUCGCACAAAAAUCGGCAUGGAAGCUGGCAUCGAAGACUCCGGCACUAUUGAUGCAGGUGUCGCUGAUGACUGUAAGCAAAGAACCAUUGCCGAUGGUGUUCUGAAGAUCUCAUCCGCUGCUAUCAAUGAGUUCCUCAUGCUGUGUUUGACCAAGUACGAGCGUUCAAAGGUCCAACCCGGUCACGCUGUUGGUGCCACUGGCGCCCAGUCUAUCGGUGAGCCUGGUACUCAGAUGACCUUGAAGACUUUCCAUUUCGCCGGUGUCGCCGGUAUGAGUAUCACACAGGGUGUACCCCGUAUCAAGGAAAUCAUCAACGCCUCGCGCGUCAUCUCGACUCCUGUCGUAUCAUGCAUGCUUGACUCAAAGUAUGAGACCGUUGCCGGCCGCGUCGCCAAAGCCAUGAUUGAGAAGACCUACCUCCGCGACAUCAUCGCCUACAUCGAAGAUGUCUGGUCGGUGACUAGUUCGUACGUCAACAUGCGCAUCAAUUGGGACACCAUUGCCAAACUGGGUCUCCGCCUCACCGCCCAAGACAUUACAUAUGCCAUUGCCAAGAACAGAGCAGUAAAAGCACUCGGUGUACAAGUUGCUCCCGUUGGCAAGACACAUAUCCGCGUGAACGUCCAAUACGUCCCCGCUCCUCGCGGCAAAGCAGCACAACUUAAAAACCGCAAGCCUCUCGAGAUUUUCGACCUUAUCCAAGAUCUCAAACGCAUCCUUCCUGACGUAGUCGUAAAAGGCUAUCCUGACUGCCAUCGUGCGAUUGUCAAGAAAGACGAUAAGCCAGAUGCUACAGGUCGCGAACCAGUUUCUGUGCUUGUAGAAGGCUAUGGCUUGAAAGCUUGCAUGACGACAGAAGGUGUAGAUGGUGUAAAGACACGCUCCAACAACAUCAUGGAGUGCAAAGAAGUCCUCGGUAUUGAAGCCGCUCGCAGCACGAUUAUUGCAGAAAUCAGCUCUGUGAUGGGAGGUAUGGAUAUUGAUCCUCGUCACAUGCAACUUCUCGCAGAUGUCAUGACCUACAAGGGUGACGUCCUCGGUAUCACACGUUUCGGCCUUGCAAAGAUGAGAGAUUCGGUGUUGCAACUUGCCUCGUUCGAGAAGACACCUGAUCACUUGUUCAAUGCUGCCAUUGGCAUGAAGAGGGAUCGUAUCGAGGGUGUUUCCGAGUGCAUCAUCAUGGGUCAGAGCAUGAGCAUUGGUACCGGUGCUAUGAAGGUGGUGCGUAAGUUGGGCAUCACUGAGCAAGAGCAUGGACGCAAGAGAUCGGCUUUCGAAUCAGCGUUUGCCGAGCUUCCGAAGACCAUUGCUACUGCUGCUGCUGCUGCUGCUUAA